UCAACAGCUCCAUCAUCUCACCAAGCCGGCAAUUCCAUCCCCUUCGACCCCUCCGACCGCAUCCUCCUCGUAGGCGAAGGCGACUUCUCCUUCGCCGCAAGCCUAGUCGAGCACCACGCCUGCCACAACCUCACAGCAACAAGUCUCGACACCCGCACAGAGCUCCUAGCAAAAUACGCCCCGCAAGCAGAAGAGCACAUCCGCGCGCUCGAAGAAGCAGGACAAACAGUGCUACACAACGUCGACGCAACAAAACUAGAGCGCAACAAAGCGGUCAUCAAAGCAGCAGCAGCAGCAGCCGCCGGCAACCAUGGCGAAGCGGCGGCGCACGGCUUCGACAAAAUCCUCUUCAACUUCCCGCACAUAGGCGGCAAAUCCACCGACGUGAACCGUCAAGUGCGCGCAAACCAAGAACUCUUGGUCUCCUUCUUCGCCUCCUGCACCUCAAACACCUCCCCUCCCCUCCUCGCCCCCCGCAGCGGCCAAAUUCUCAUCACCCUCUUCGACGGCGCCCCUUACACCCUCUGGAACAUCCGCGAUUUAGCCCGGCAUUCUGGCCUUGAGGUGGAGCGGAGUUUCAAAUUCGAUGCGGGGUUGUAUCCGGGGUAUAGGCAUGCGAGGACGUUGGGGAAUUUAGUUGGGGAGGGGGGGUGGAGGGGG